CAUCGAUGACGCAGCCCUGGGAAAUGGGGGUCUCCGAGAGGGCGGUGGAGGGCAAGAUGCCGAAAACCACGGCAUCUUGCUGAGACUUGGAGGCUGGACGAGGCAGCCCGAAAUAGCCCGGCUGGGCUGGCUCUGACCCAGCGCGGACAGAGCUGCCAGACGGGCCGGGCACCCCCGGCCUCCCCCAAAAGGCAGCAGCGUUCCCACCGGCCCGGCCAGCCCCGCGUAGCCCAGCAGCAUGGGGAAGGAGAAGACGCACAUCAACAUCGUGGUCAUCGGGCAUGUGGACUCUGGGAAAUCCACCACCACCGGGCACCUCAUCUACAAAUGCGGGGGCAUCGACAAACGGACCAUUGAGAAAUUCGAGAAGGAGGCUGCCGAGAUGGGGAAGGGGUCCUUCAAAUAUGCCUGGGUGCUGGACAAGCUGAAGGCUGAGCGUGAGCGUGGCAUCACCAUCGACAUCUCGCUGUGGAAGUUUGAGACCACCAAGUACUACAUCACCAUCAUCGACGCCCCUGGCCACAGGGACUUCAUCAAGAACAUGAUCACUGGGACCUCCCAGGCUGACUGCGCUGUGCUGAUCGUGGCUGCCGGCGUGGGCGAGUUCGAAGCCGGCAUCUCCAAGAACGGGCAGACCCGCGAGCACGCCCUGCUGGCCUACACCCUGGGCGUGAAGCAGCUCAUCGUGGGCAUCAACAAGAUGGAUUCCACAGAGCCGCCCUACAGCGAGAAGCGCUACGACGAGAUCGUCAAGGAGGUCAGCGCCUACAUCAAGAAGAUCGGCUACAACCCCGCCACAGUUCCCUUCGUGCCCAUCUCGGGCUGGCACGGGGACAACAUGCUGGAGCCCUCUCCCAAUAUGCCUUGGUUCAAAGGCUGGAAGGUGGAGCGCAAGGAAGGCAACGCCAGCGGGGUGUCCCUGCUGGAGGCCCUGGACACCAUCCUGCCCCCCACCCGCCCCACAGACAAACCCCUGCGCCUGCCCCUCCAGGACGUCUACAAGAUUGGAGGGAUUGGCACCGUCCCCGUGGGCCGAGUGGAGACCGGAAUCCUGCGGCCCGGCAUGGUGGUCACCUUCGCCCCUGUGAACAUCACCACCGAGGUGAAAUCCGUGGAGAUGCACCACGAGGCGCUGAGCGAGGCCCUGCCCGGCGACAACGUCGGCUUCAACGUGAAGAACGUCUCGGUGAAGGACAUCCGCCGCGGGAACGUCUGCGGGGACAGCAAGUCGGACCCGCCGCAGGAGGCGGCGCAGUUCACGUCUCAGGUGAUCAUCCUGAACCACCCUGGCCAGAUCAGCGCCGGCUACUCGCCCGUCAUCGACUGCCACACCGCGCACAUCGCCUGCAAGUUCGCCGAGCUGAAGGAGAAGAUCGACCGGCGCUCCGGCAAGAAGCUGGAGGACAACCCCAAGUCCCUGAAGUCGGGUGAUGCAGCCAUCGUGGAGAUGAUCCCUGGCAAGCCCAUGUGUGUGGAGAGCUUCUCCCAGUACCCACCCCUUGGCCGCUUCGCUGUCCGUGACAUGCGGCAGACCGUGGCCGUGGGCGUCAUCAAGAACGUGGAGAAGAAGAGUGGUGGGGCUGGGAAAGUCACCAAGUCUGCCCAGAAGGCCCAGAAGGCUGGCAAAUGAAUCGUGGGCUCCCAGUGCAUCGCGCAGAAACCAUCCCUGACACCAGGACGCUGCCGCCGUCUCCCCCGGGCGCACGUGUGCACAUCAGCUUGUAAGAGUUUAUAUGUCAACGACUGGAUGCUCACCAUUAAGGUCCAGUGGAAAUUCUUUAAAAGGAAAAGCAUGUUCCAGCGUUUGUGAGGCUUCAUGUUAAUUUUACCAAUAAAACUGGUACAACAUCCA